AUGCAUUCCAACACCGCUAUCACCAUCCUGACUGCCCUCGCUGGCAUCGGAUCCGUCGCUGCAGAGGGCAUCAACUGCGAAGGCGCAGCUGGUUGCAGUUUUGCAGGCGGUGGGAUUGCAAAGGAGCUCCAGGGAUUCAUCAACAGCGCGAACGAUGGUACCUGGUUCAACAAUGGACAGCAAAUCGCCUGCGCCAACGGCAUUUGUGCAUUCUUCCAAGGAACUGGCGGAGGCUGGGGGAGCGACGCGAAGAGACUGGCCGCUGACAUCGUUGGCCACGGGUGCAGCAUCUGUGGAAGUGCUCCCUUCUAUUAUCCUAACCCCAAUGACGUUUCGACUUAUGGGGAGCUGACAUUUAAUGCUGUUGGAAAUGACUGCGGAGUUUGUUUGUGCUCCGAUCCGGGCUGCUCUGAUCCAUAG